GCUCAGAGAGGGAAGGACAGAGAGAUAUAGAAGGAAACAAGGAGAGAGAAGGGGUUGGGGAAAGGCACAGAGAAGAGACACAAACAUAGACAGAAAGACAGACAUACGCGCACAAGAAGUGGGGGUAGGAGGCCGGGAGACAGGGAGACCUGAGACAGACAGAGGCCCAGGGGGCUUGAGGACCGUGGGGUGGCUGCCAGCAGGGGCAUCUGAGUGGGUAGGGACAGACAGGAGGCCUGUGGGGCGGGCACCUGGCUCCCCAUCACCACCCACCUCCCCCCUUGGGAACCCUCCGCGUCCAGGCUGGCAGACGGAGGCCCCCGAUGGCGGACUCGUGCCGGAACCUCACAUACGUGCAGGGCUCGGUGGGCCCAGCUACCAGCACGCUGAUGUUCGUGGCAGGCACCGACCUGCUGGGCACGUGCUUCCUGAGCCCCGCCGUGUUCGUGGCCUACGCCCGCAACAGCUCCCUGCUGGGCCUGGCCCGGGGUGGCCCGGCGCUCUGCGACGCCUUCGCCUUCGCCAUGACCUUCUUCGGCCUGGCCUCCACACUCAUCCUCUUCGCCAUGGCCGUGGAGCGCUGCCUGGCCCUCAGCCACCCCUACCUCUACGCCCAGCUGGACGGGCCGCGCUGUGCCCGCCUGGCACUGCCCGCCAUCUACGCCUUCUGCGCUCUCUUCUGCUCGCUGCCCCUGCUGGGCCUGGGCAGCCACCAGCAGUACUGCCCGGGGAGCUGGUGCUUCAUCCGCCUGCGCUCGGCUGAGCCCGGCGGCUGUGCCUUCUCGCUGGCCUACGCCAGCCUGGUGGCCCUGCUGGUGGCCGCCAUCAUGCUCUGCAACGGCUCCGUCACCCUCAGCCUCUGCCGCAUGCACCGUCAGCAGAGGCGGCAGCAGCGGUCGCUGGUGCCCGGGGUGCGGACACACGAGCCCGAGGUGGACCACCUCGUCCUGCUGGCCCUCAUAACGGGUGUCAUGGCCGUGUGCUCCCUGCCGCUCACGAUCCGCGGCUUCACCCAGGCCGUCGCCCCCGACAGCAGCGAGAUGGGGGACCUGCUGGCCUUCCGCUUCAACGCCUUCAACCCCAUCCUGGACCCCUGGGUCUUCAUCCUCUUCCGCAAGGCCAUCUUCCAGCGGCUCCAGCGCUGGUUCUGCUGCCCGGGACCCGGGCCUGGCCGCCACGGGGAUGCGCAGACAUCGCUUUCCCAGCCCGCCUCAAGCAGGAAGGACUCAGGGGUCCCCGCUGCUCUCGGGGGGAAGGAGGGGAGCUGGGUGCCUUUGUCAGCCUGGGGCGGGGGGCAAGGGGCACCCUCGCCUUCUGCUCAGCGAUCUGGUAGCCCCAUGGGGACCCCGUCCAAAGCGGAGGCCACCGCGGCCUGCUCCCUCUGCUGACAUCUUGGGCUGCUCCUGUGAAGUCCCCCCCUGUCUUCUGGGAGCAGGACCCCGAAAAUCAAUGGGCAAAGCCGAGAGACGAACCCCUGGGCCCUGGCCUGCCCAAACUGGGGCUUGCUCAAAUUCUGGGGGCCAUCAGCUGCUUAGUCCUUCUUCUCCAGAGCUGCCAGUUCAGGGAAGCGAGUGAGGGAGAGAGGGAAAGUUUAUCCUGGAGCAUAAAGGAAUAGUUCUCUCAAAAUAACCAGCGGCCUGGGUGGCCCGCUCUGACCCUCGCUUCCCCAAUCCAUCUCACCGUCUAAAUAUUUAGAAGCAGAAAAGUUCCCAGUGGCUUCUGUAUGCUCAGGUCUGCUGGGAUUCGGGUUCCAGCAGCAAUCGUCAAUCAUUUGGGGUGCCCCUCGCUGUCCGCCCCGAAUCCCAAGGGGACAGCUGGGCCCUGGCCCAGGCCACUCUCAGACCAGUCCUCCCUGCAGGCUGCUUUUACCCUCCCCUCACUUCUGAUUCCCCGUCAGACUCAGAAGCCCUGGCUUUGGGCUCACGAGACCUGGCACCCCAAGGGGAGGUGGGAGGAAGGGGAGACUGCUGCAUUGCGGGUGAUAGCUCUGGACAGGGGCCCGGUGUGAAAAGGGCCUGAGAAACUACACAUGUGCAGUAUGCCCUAAGACUCGGACCGUGGGGCAUGGGAAGGGGUCAGUGGGGAGGCUGGGGGGAGAAGGGGUAUCGGAUGUGGAUUUCAGGGACCAAGGACUCAGACCGAAGUCCAGUGCCUGUCCUCAGAGCCCUGAAAAAGUAACUGCCUCCUUAAGGAGAACCUCAUGCGUCCUCUGCCCCUCACAAAACUUUUAGUCAUUCAUUCACUAAUUCAUUCAUUUAAUAACUAUUCAUCAGGCUUCAACUUAGCCAAGUGUUGGGGACACAGAUAGGAUCCAGCUGGGGUGAUUUUCAGCACCCGCCUCCCCACCCCCCAAUUCCCGCUCCUUGGGUUGCAGUUUGCUGCCCUCAGAGAGGUGGGGAUCAAGGGUGGGGAGAGAGGGAGCGGCCAUGAUGGGAAGUGAGUUGGCACCAGGGUGGGGGAGGGCAAACGGGAAAGCGCCCCCCAAACUGCCAGACCCAGUUCCUCUUUCUGGCUUGCUCCAGGGGAGGGGUGCUGGGAUGGUGAGAGGUGAGCCUCCUAGAAAGACAUCAGCCGGUGCCACUGAGGGAGCCCCCCUCCCACUCAGCCUGCACAACACAACAGCCUGGGGGGUGCUGCUAUUUCUGCAGAGUCGGGAAUCAAGACCCAGAGAGGGCAAUCAUCUGCCCCAGGUCACACAGCAAAGAGGAAGCAGAGCCAGGGUGUAGAGUGUGGUAUCUGCAUCUCCAGAGCACAGCUACCUUGUCCUCUCUGUAUGUUGGUUUGCUUUCUGGCAAAAGUGAUAAUAAUCUAGUAUUAGCCCAUAGGAUGGUGAUUUUGAGGGUUUAGCGAUUUCCCCUGAGAAGCAAUUUAGUACAGGACUGUACCCGCCAGCCAUAAAUAUUACUGUCAAUGUAACGCUAUUGUUGUCUUUUGUUGUCUGGUUAAGAGUGGUUUGAAAACAAAGCAACGCUUUUCUCCAUUGUUUUGACUUUUUUUUCCAAUCACCAUUUUCAAAACACAUUACAGAAGAACAGGGGUGUCUGAGAAAGUUAAAAACAGGUCAAGAUAAGUGCUCAUUGGGUACUGAUUUCCUUU